UCAUAUCACCCCUUAACCUUCUCUUCUCCAGGCUAAACAUACCCAGCUCCCUAAGCCAUUCCUCAUAAGGCAUCGUUUCCAGGCCUUUGACCAUUUAUGUUGCCCUCCUCUGGACAUGUUCCAGCUUUUCAGUAUCCUUCUUGAAAGAAGGGAGAACUCUUUGAUAGUUCUCCCUUCUUUCAUAAAACGUGUUAGAUUUUUAAAGCCCAGCCAUCUUAAAAUUAGAACUGUUUCCUUCUGAAAGCAACACUGCUCCCUCUGCACAAAGACAGUAGGUUGUAGAGGGACUCCUCUCAUGAUUUCAGAACACAGAAUAAUCCUCCCCUCAUACUUGUACCCUCCCCCCCCCAUUGUGCUGCUGUUGCUGAAUCUAGCAUUAUGUAGUCCUCCAGGCCACUGAGGGCAUGCAUGCUUGUGCCAGGAAGGAAUGAUUGCCUCGGCAUGUCAAGUCUCCUUUUCAGAUGUGUUUCUCUUGUGAACAUUAUGGCAAUACGGUAUUCACCUGGAGAUAUUCCUAGCUGCACAGACAGAGUGCAACUCUCAGGUUCCGGCUCUACCUUGUGGUGGUAGGAAGUGUGCAAGGGAGGGAAUAACACUGACCGACUUUAGGAUCCAUGUGUGGGUCUUUACCCAUAUUACACAGUAGCAGCCCAUCUACCUAUCCAUCCCGUAUUUACAUUUGCCACUGCAUAUUUCAAAAAGAAGAACUACUUUGCCUACUGCCCGAGGCAGCUGAUCUGGCGUGUGGGAAAAGGGCAGCAAAUUGUUCCUUAUUUAUAUUAUUGCCUUUUCCUCUUCUCAGCGAGAGGUUGCUUGUAAAGUUUUCAGGAGCCAAAUACCUAAGUUGGCCUUGAAUAACUACUAUGCUCCUUGACGGUGGAUUGAAGUGGGGGGGGGGAGAGAUUUGCUAUUUCUCCUCAGGCAGCAAAAUGUCUUAGGAGGGUCUCCUUUCUCCUUCACCUGUGAGAAAACCGAUGGGAGAAGGCGAUUUUGAGCUGCAAGGCGACAGGAGUGGAAAGUAUUAAAGAGGAGUAUAUUGUACACACAUCAUACAUUUAAAGCACCGCAAAAAAAAGAAUCCUAGUUUACCCCUCAGAGCUAUAAUUCCCGGCACCCUUAACGCAGCCAGUACGGUCUCUCCCGGGCAGCUUCCAGUUACAACAUACUGUAGCCUUUCCCAGGAACUUUUGAGUUUAUUUUUAUUUUUUAAGCAAUAAAUUUCAUGCAACUCCUCGUAACCAUCCACCCACAUACUUCGCAUGCCAGACAAGUGCCGAUGCCGCUGUAAUUCGUAAUGUCUGAAAUCAGAACGAGCCUACAAACACAGAAGAAAGGCUACUGUGGAAAACAUUAAAAGCAACAACUUUAUUACGGCAUAAUAAAAUGUUUAAAGUCUUUAAGAGUCCCCUCCUCCCUCUUUUUCUUUUUGCUACUCCAAACCAACACGACGAAACUAAGGGAUACACGCCGGGGAAUCACGGCUUCCGGUCAGGCACCGUGGUGCUUAGUACAGACACGCGUCUUUCCCUUGCAGGCGUUAGAAUACCCUUCUAACGCGAGCCGCAGGCGGUCAAAGUCCUCUGGCCGCAGCGGAAAGUGCGGGGUGAGAACCGGGACGGGUUGCGCCCUGUUCCGCUGAGAAGUGGCCCCGAGAAGUAGCCACAGUCGCCAGCGCCGCCGGCUAUCAGGACACAGCCCGAGGGGACAACCGCUUUCCCUGUCCCGGUCUCUCUUUUGCCAGACAGGGCGACUUCUGAACGCGCCAGCGGCCAACCCGGGCUGCGCCUCCGUCCCUGGGAAGUCAUUUGUCCUACAAGAGCGUCCGCCCCGCUCCACCCCUAGACUACGGUUGCUGCGGAAGCGGCCCGGCAGAAGGAGGAGGCGGAGGCAGGCUGAACGCCGCCCUGGGCGCGCUGUCCCCGCCCGGUGCCGUCCCGUCCUCCGCCUGCGAGACUCCCCGACCAGGUGUGUAGUCGGCGCAGAGUUCAGAGAGUCCGAGACGGCGGCUGCGGCGGGGUGAGUCCUUGGCCACUGGGAAGUCGCGCUGUAUGCGGUCAGAAAGGAGCUCAGAGGGGCCUCAGCCUUGAGCUGCAAUGCGAUGGUAGACUAUUCUGGAUGGAUUUCAGCUCCACACAGAACUGAAAAGCUGAGGUAGCCUCUGAGGUCUGGGACUCUGCAUUACUGUUACCUCCCUAGUAUGGGUGUGUCAUUGUUAUUUUGCCUCACAUUGGGGUUAUUGCCCACAAUAAUCAUUGGGAAGGCAUGGCAAUGCCCACCUCGAUGGUCUAACUCAUCCAGAGAUUUUACAGUGAAGUACAGCUUCCCUACAUUCGAUGCUGGGAGUUCCAUUCAGAACAUUGUCACUUCUGAGUACGGUGAUGUGAUCUUUGUUGCAGUUCGGAACAAGAUCUUCAUGUUGAACUCAAAGAUGGAAAUUCUGUCUACAAUAGUGACUGGUCCCUGGGGUAACGCCGCGUGUGAGAUCUGUGCCAAGUGCCCCGUGAAAGGGCCAAUGAAUCCCGAAGAUACAGAUAACAGCGUUCUGGUGAUGGAUCCUCAAGAAUUUUGGCUUUAUAGUUGUGGGACUUCCCAUCAUGGUGUCUGCUUCCAGCAUGAGUUUGAAAAAAAGGGCAAAGUUGUGUCAGUUGACACCAGAUGCCUGUUCUCUGCUAAAUUUAACAAGCCUUCUGAGUGUCCAGACUGUGUGGCCAGUCCUUUAGGCACUAAAGUUGUAGUUUCUGAUGUGGGACACACAGUAUACUUUUACGUUGCAUCUACCAUUAACAGAAACAUUGCGGAGACAUAUAGCCCCAAAUCCGUGUCUAUACGGAGACUCAAGAGUAAUGCGGAAGGGUUCGACCAUCCUUUCCACUCCUUAACGGUGCUACCUGUGUUUCGAGACACAUACCCAAUUAACUAUGUGUAUUCCUUUAAAUACAGGGACUUUGUAUAUUUCCUAACAGUCCAAAAAGAAAACACAGAGUCCAGCGUGUACCACACUAGGAUAGCAAGGCUCAGUACUGAUGAAACGGACGUACGCACGUACCGUGAACUGAACUUGGACUGUCGCUUUAACACCAAGCGGAAGAGGAGUCUUGCAGCAACCCCCAGGGAUGUCGUUUUUAAUGUUUUGCAAGCAGCUCAUGCUACCCAGCCUGGCUCGAAACUGGCUCCUGAGAUCACUGUCAGUGAUGCCGACAGAGAACUGGUUCUCUUUGGGGUGUUUGCUGAAAGCCUGCCAGGCAGCAAAGUGCCCCAGAAUUACUCGGCAGUUUGUGCUUUCCCCGUGAACAAGAUAAACGAGGCUAUCGAUGAAGGGAUGAAGGAGUGCUGCAAUGUGGACGUCCACAACCAUGUGCCUCGAGGACUGAAGUUUUAUCAGGGUUUGGAGUACUGUCCACAUAAUGUAAAUUUCUCAGCCCCAGUGGUGAACACCAGCUGCUGGAAGAAACCCACCUUCAUCUCUACAAAUUACUACAGGGUGGACCUCUUCAAUGGACGUAUGGCUGGAGUGCUGCUGACCUCCAUCUUUGUAACUGUAAUAGGUGAGGUGACUGUGGCUCAUCUAGGCACAUCAGAAGGAUGUGUUCUGCAGGUGGUGCUUCCAUCCAACGUCUACACAAAUGUAUUGGCCAACUUCUCCUUGGGGGAGACAUUGCCAGUGCUGCGAGAAGUCAGCAAGCUGAAUGACUCUUUGCUGUUUGUCACAGGAAAAAAGGUUUCCCAGGUGAAAAUAACUGGUCCAGGCUGUCGCCAUUUCCUGACAUGCUUCCGCUGCCUGAAGGCAGAGCGUUUUAUGCAGUGUGGCUGGUGUGGAAAUGCAUGCACCCGUCGGGAAGACUGCAAGGGAGAGUGGAACCAAAAAAGCUGCUCUCCCGUCCUCACUGAUUUCCACCCCAGAAAUGCACCGCUACAAGGCAGCACUAAGGUGACACUCUGUGGCUCAGGCUUUCGUUCAGGUUCAUAUUUCACUGGCAUGGAUGCCUCACCUUCAACCCUUGGUGACUACAAGGUUACAGUGGGACAGAAGAAUUGCACCAUACUGUUUGAAGAGAGCCUAGAAAACAGGUACAGUGAAGUGCCGCGCUGGAAAGAUUAUGUUGAAGUUAUUGUCUGUACUUUGACACCAAAAGAGGAAGUGAACAUGUUGGGGCCACAGAAGGUUGAGGUCACUGUUGUAGAGAAGGAGCACACCCCAUUUUACAUCAGUGGCUCCUCAGUCCUCAGUGGCUUUGAGUUUAAGCUGCCUAAAAUAACGUCUAUCCAUCCACCAUACGGCCCACAGGCUGGAGGAACAGAGAUCUUUAUCCAAGGACAAAACCUCCUGGUGGGAGGCACAAGGAAGGUGAUGGUUAAUGGCCGGGAUUGUCCCUUGGUCACAAGGGAAAGCCAGAAAGAGGAAGCCAUAAUUUGUACCACGCCUCCUGUGAACAACCUGGGCAACGCUUCUGUGACUGUAGUAAUAGAUGAACAGCCGUUUCUUUCUCCGAAGCCCUUCUGGUAUCAAGAAGAUCCCCAGAUACACCAUAUCUCUCCCAACUGCACCUAUGACGGUUCAAAUAUCUCCAUCAGUGGCACCAAUUUGGAUUCAGUGUAUUAUGCAAAGGUGCAGUUUGAGUCUGCUGGAGUGCUUACUGAAGCUAAGGAUUGUAAGGGGGAAAGGUCUGCUACGAGCCUCGUGUGCCAAGGUCCUCACUACCCAUUGGAAAACAAGGCAGCGAGCAUUCAUGGGAACCUGAAGAUCUUGAUGGAUGGAGCUCUGAGGCACAAGAAGUUUCUCAUGCGCUACUACCCCAAGCCAGUGAUUUACCCCUUUGAGCGGCAAGACCAAUUGUACACAAUCAAUCCAGGAGAGGAUGAGAUUGAGAUCCAUCAUAGAGGACUGGAUGCUCUGGCAGGCUGCAUGGCGAUCUCUAUGACAGUGGCUGGCAAAGAAUGCCACCCCACUGUGCUGAAAAACGAGGUGACCUGCCGAAUCCCCGGGGACCUGAACUCCCCUCUGCAUCGUAUGCCAGCACAGAUUUGUGUGAAUGGAAACUGCACAGACCUAGGCUUUGUGGUUGUGAAAUCCUCCUUAUCUCCUGUUGCUGUUACAUUGGGGACCAUUGUAGCCAUCCUAUUCCUCUGCUUCUUGGCAUUUUUCGUGACGAAAUUCAUGCAGCGGAAGAAGAAGAAGAAGUCAGGAACUGAAAACUUGGAAAGACUCUCAAGCCUCAACAGGGGCAUGACGAGCAUCCCUCUCCUUCCCUCCAACCCUAAUUACACAGAUACUGCUGCAGAGCCCCGUACUUCUAGAGUGAGUCUUGGAAGCGCCUCUUACACAGCAAGCAGUGACGGUUCUGCCAUGCCCUUCAUGCGGGUACCUUCUUAUUCCAUUAAAAAUUUUCGGCCGCAACUGUUAGAAGAGGUGAAGGACGUUCUAAUCCCAGAAGAGCAGCUGCUUAUGCAACAGGACCAGAUCAUUGGCAAAGGUCACUUUGGGAGUGUUUAUCAUGGAACGUACAUAGAUUCGGACCAUAGACAUAUACACUGUGCUGUUAAAUCUCUGAACCGAAUCACAGACUUGGAGGAGGUGGAAGAGUUCUUGAAAGAGGGUAUUCUGAUGAAGAGCUUUCACCACCCCCACGUCCUCUCUCUCAUUGGGAUUGCUCUCCCUAGGGAGGGGCUUCCCCGGGUGGUACUGCCAUACAUGAAGCAUGGAGACCUGCGGCACUUUAUCCGUUCAGAGGAGAGGAACCCAACUGUGAAGGAUUUAAUAGGCUUUGGGCUGCAAGUGGCUCAAGGGAUGGAAUACUUGGCCCAGAAGAAGUUUGUACACAGAGACCUUGCUGCUAGGAACUGUAUGCUAGAUGAGACCUUCACAGUAAAAGUGGCAGACUUUGGGCUGGCCAGGGAUGUCUUCGACAAGGAAUAUUACAGCAUCCGGCGACACCGCAGAGCAAAGCUGCCGGUUAAGUGGAUGGCCCUUGAGAGCCUGCAGACCCAAAAAUUUACCACCAAGUCUGAUGUAUGGUCCUUUGGGGUCCUCAUGUGGGAGCUGAUGACACGAGGGGCUUCUCCGUACCCUGAAGUGGACCCAUAUGAUAUGACCCGCUAUUUGUUGCGAGGAAGAAGGUUGCCACAGCCAGAAUACUGCCCGGAUUCUCUGUACACCGUAAUGCUGAACUGCUGGGCCCCAAGUCCUGAGGAGCGACCAACUUUCUCUGCAGUAAUCCAGGAAGUGCAGCGUAUUUUAGCCUGUCUAAAGGGGGAGCAUUAUAUCAACCUGAAUGUCACUUAUGUCAACCUUGAUCAAGACCAGCCUUUCCCCCCUAUGUCCAGUUGUGAGGAUGAUUUGGACUCCAGCGGGCUGAGUGAGGAAGAGGCUGCUGCUGUGCACUGACAGAUGCGAGACAAUUCUCAGGUAGCACACCUGAGUUGAGCCUAACACUAUGCAAGCACUGCCAGCCUUCCUGUAGCUUCACUUCUCUGACUGAGGAAGCUUCCUGACUCAUCCUCCGUUUGAACCUUGGCUCGCCACAGCUUGGUUUCUCCAGUUGUCCUGCAUCUUCCCUUCAAGCAUCUCCCACCUAUGUGGGUUCAAGAAAACUAUGGCCGGAUACCUUCUGUGAUAUGAUCCCUCUGCUAAAGGGCUCAGGAAAAGGCAGAAAUAAGCUCAUCCCUUCCAUAAGAGGUGGGGGCAGGUCCCCUUACCCCUCUUAGAAUAGUGAAACAUCCAGAAUAUGUGGGGCCUUGGGUGCUGGCCUGUUUUAGAAAGGGCUAUAAAGUAAUUUAAUGUCUCAGCCUGUGGCUGAAUCUGUAUAUAAAAGAAUAAAUUGACUGUUGUUUA